AUGGUCUUCUUUGCCACUGCGCUGGUCGCAGCCGUUGCUGCUGUCGGCACCAUUGCUGCCCCAACUGAAGCUCCAGCCAAGCUCGCUAAGCGUAAUAGCCCAAACAGCUCGGGCACCAACAAUGGAUUCUACUAUCAAUUUUGGGACGACGGCACUGCCGGCAAUACUAUCUACACGAACAAGGCUGCCGGCGAGUAUUCUGUGCAAUGGACCAACGUUGGUGAUAUGACAUCGGGCAAGGGCUGGCAACAAGCGACGCCAAGGAAUAUCUCGUUCCAGGGCACUGUCAGCGCCAGUGGAAACUUCUACCUUGCUGUGUAUACCUGGUCGACCUCUGGCGAGAACUACAUCCUCGAGAACUUUGGCUCAUACAAUCCAUGCAACGAUGGCACGACUGUUGGCUCAAUCACCUCAGAUGGCAGUAGCUACCAGAUCUGCACUGUGAAUCGUGGCAACAACUACAUCCAGAACUGGUCUAUCCGUCAGAACAAGCGCUCGUUGGGUGUGGUCACAACGGCCAACCACUACAACGCCUACGCUGCUCACGGCCUGAACCACAACCCACUCAGCGCCGCUGCAUAUCAGAUCGUCUCCACUGAAGGCUUCGGCAGCACGGGAUCCGCUGAUAUCACUGUCUCCGAUGCCGGCAACGGAGGAAGCUCUGGGACCAGUCCUUCAUCAACAGCCUCAUCUUCCAAGCCUACUUCGACUGCUCCUACGUCUUCUGUACCCACUUCUUCUGCACCUGCGAGCAGCAGCCCCACUGGUUCUUGUUCUGCCAUAUACGGCCAGUGCGGUGGCCAGGGCUGGAAUGGCCCGACCUGCUCAUCAGAAGCUCAUACUACUUCGUGGCCUGGAGGCUACGUCAAUCCUGAUGAUCCAGCAGAUCCAGGAUCGGGUAUCGAACAUCACGAAGUAGGCGGCGGCGGCGGCAAUAGCUCCAUCUGGCCAUACCAGAUCUUCAAAUCUGCACCAUACAAUCCACCAGUCUGGGAAAUCAAUGCUACUGGAGAGCCUCUUGCGCCUGGACUUCUCUUCGUAACGCCUACUAUCAGCAUAUCCAAGACGAAUGUGCAGCAGCCGGCACAAAUCUACCGAGAUAAUGGCCAGCUUGUGUGGUUUGGCCCGCCUGCAACGGCCAAUAACUUCAAGUGGCAGAUUUUCAACGAUGAGCCGACUUUGACAUUCUGGAGUGGUGUAUCGAGCAAUGGUGUCAAUACAGGCCAUGGAUACGGCAAUGUCACCUUCCUCGACACCAGCUAUAAUGUCAAGACUCCUUUCGAAAGCCAAGCUGAUUUGCAUGAGUCAUAUCUCACCGAUCGCAACACAAUCCUUGUCACUGCAUACAACGCCACACAAACCGACUUGACCGCUAUCAACGGCACGGCAGAUGGCUGGGUCUUCGAUUGUCUCUUCUUCGAGAUCGAUCCGAACACUGGUGAGAUCCUGAUCAGGUGGAGUGCGUUAGAAAAUGUGCCUGUCACCGCCUCCCAUCAACCAUUAACCACCACUGGGACUGCCGAAAAGCCUGAUGACUACUUCCACAUCAAUUCUGUUGCCAAUCUUGGUGACCACUUUCUGGUCAACUCGCGACAAACUUGGACCAUCUACUACCUCGACUCAACAGGCAAGAUUGAUUGGCGCUUUGCAGGAGACACGGGCGGUGACUUUAGUCCCCUACCAGCUGGAGGAAGUUUCAGGUGGCAGCAUCACCCUCGAGCACAUAACGUGAACAAUGAUAGCUUUGAUAUCUCAUUGUUCAACAACAACAAUCAGGCACUGGACAACAGCAGCUCGCAUCCCACAGACACUCUUGUCUACCAUCUUCCCUUGGUCCCGAGCAAUGGUAGCUCCGCGAUUUUGCGACGAAAGCUAGUGAACAACCCACCCCUGUUCGCGGACAGUCACGGCUCCUACCAGCCAAACCUCUUCAAUCGCAAUCAGCUCGCCACAUUUGGCCAGCUACCUAUCGUUCGAGAAUAUGGGCCUGCAACAGACGGGAGUCAUGUCCGCUGGACUGGUCGAGCGGGCCACGACAGCGAAGUGCAAAUCUACCGCGGUUUCAAAGAAGAGUGGCAUGCCAUACCGGCCACGACCUUGCCGAGUCUUGUUGUGCUCCUACGUGGCGACGGAGCUGCGCGUACUACGGUUAUGUGA